CAAAUCUGAUGAUUGAGUUUUCCAUUGACUUUUAAUUGUUUGUUUCGUGUUUAAUUAAAUUGUAAUUAUAUUCUUAUGGUAGAUUUUUGUAAUUGUGAUUGAAAAUUAUUAUUUCUAAUCAUGUCUGGCAAUGGAGAUGACAAGGAAGCCAUUUUCAAGUCUUUCAUUAGCGAGGUGAAAACAAUUGAAGAGAAAGAUUCAAUUUAUACAUCAGAUAAACAGAUUCAACGUUUACUUAGACCUGGUUCAUCUUAUGCUAAUUUAAAUCCUUUCAGUGUUUUGUUACUCGAUUAUGAUGCCUCAUUGGAAGCAAUUAAGAAACAGUAUAAAAAAUUGUCCAUUUUACUUCAUCCAGAUAAGAAUCCAGAGAAUCGAGAGAAAGCUCAAAUUGCUUUUGAUAUUCUAAAUAAGGCUUACCGAAGUUUGGAAGAUGAAAUUUCUCGAGCUCGAGCACUUGAGGUUGUGGAAGAAGCCAAAUUUAAGGUUAACCAGAAUAUUGAAGAGAAGAGGAAAAAAUUAAAACGUGAAGGUAAAACUGAUCUACAAGUUGAUGAAGAUGAUCCAGAGAAAUUGAAACAUGCUAUUCAUGUUUUAACCAUGAAACUGUUUGCCGAUUAUGAAAGGAAACGCCGAGCAAUGGAGGAUAGAAACACCGAGGAUCGUAAACGUAAACGUGAAGGUGAAAUUGAAGAAGAAGAGAAGAAAAAAGCUGAACAUGAAUGGAACAAAAAUUAUGAAGAAUCAAGGGAAAUUCGAGUUUCGAGUUGGAAAAAUUUCCAAACAACAUCAAAAGCCAAAAGGAAAACAUUUCGACCUCCAACUCACAAACCUGAGACUAAAUAGAAAACAUGAAACAAACUAACAAUCAACAGAAUCCAAGUGUCUACACAACAAUCAAGUGUUGGAUUAAUUAUUUUCAUCAUCACUACUUAAUCAACAGCUUGUAACUAUCAACGUACAUUUUGUCUAUUUGGUAAAUCAACAUUGACCAUUUUUAAUCUAAUUCCAAUU